CCCCCUCCCCAGGGCCCGAAUACACGGGCCCCCGGCUGUACAAGGAGCUCUCGGCUCGUUCCAACCGCGCCCUGAUCCAGAACGCCCUGGCUCACUGUGUGCUGGCAGGGACCCCCAACGCCCCCCUGAGGGCCAGGGUGCUGCAGGAAAUGGAACAAAGCUCAGCCCAGCAGCUGCUGAUCCUAUUCCGAGAUGGGGGCUGCCAAUUCCGGGGUGUUUACGCUUUAGGGGGGAUCCCCCCGACCCUAAAACGCCUCUCGGGAUCGGGACCCCGAAACGUUCCCCUACAAACGGUCGAGGCUUUGUACAAAUAUCAAUCGGAUCAGCGGCGCUUCUGCCGCCUCCCCGCCCGCACCAUGAGCGGCAGCGUGGAUGCCUUCACCAUCCCCGGGCACCUGUGGCACCCCAAAAAACCCAGCACCCCAAAAUAAAACCCUAUAAAAAGGGGAGAGCCCAAAAAAAAUACGGGGAGACCCUAAAAAACGAGGCGACCCCAAAUGCGAUGCAUUCACGGUGGUUGAUUCUAUUGGGGAGUUUGGCGACUUUGGGGCACUUUUGGGGACAUGUGAGGGCACCUGGAAUGAAUUUGGGGUGAUGCUGUCAUUGUCAUCAAGGACCUGUGGCACCCCAAAAAAUCCAACACCCCAAAAGAAAUCCGGGUUUUGGAUAGAAACCCUAAAAGAACACGGGGCGACCCCAAAAAACGGGGCGACCCCAAAUCCGAUCGCAUUCACGGUACUUGGUUCUAUUGGGGAGUUUGGUGACUUUGGGGAACUUUUGGAGACAUUUGGGGCACAUGAAAUGGAUUUUGGGGUGAUGAAUUCACUGUCCUCGAGCACCUGUGGCACCCCAAAAAUCUCAGAACCCCAAAAGAAAUCGGGGGUUUGGAUAAAAAACCCCAAAAACGGGGCGAUCCCAAAUCCGAUCACAUUCGCGGUACUCAAUUCUAUUGGGGAGUUUGGUGACUUUGGGGCACUUUUGGGGACAUUUAGAGACACAUGAAAUGGAUUUUGGGGUGAUGAAUUCACUGUCCUCAAGCACCUGUGGCACCCCAAAACUCUCAGAACCCCAAAAGAAAUCGGGGGUUUGGACAAAAAACCCCAAAAAUUGGGUGACCCCAAAUCCGAUUGCA